CUCUUAAUCGCUGUCUCACCAGCAACCACCAUCCGCUAGGACGAGCUAGAUUAGCAUCAAGCUGGACGAGGAGCUAACCCUCCAGAAACACACAACUAUCUGUCCCCUCUCCUUGGUUAUGAAUCUGGCCUGAAUUCACCGGAGUUACCAGUGACUAACUCGAAGAAACCGGACGAAGAUGCAGUUCAUGCUGUUGUUCAGCCGCCAGGGAAAGCUGCGGCUACAGAAGUGGUAUGUUCCUCUGUCUGACAAAGAGAGGAAGAAGAUCUCCAGAGACCUGGUCCAGACCAUACUGGCCAGGAAGCCCAAGAUGUGCAGCUUCUUGGAGUGGAGGGACCUCAAGAUUGUGUACAAAAGAUAUGCAAGCCUGUAUUUCUGCUGUGCCGUGGAGGAUCAAGAUAAUGAGCUGAUUACCCUGGAGAUCAUCCACAGAUACGUGGAGCUGCUGGACAAAUAUUUUGGCAGCGUGUGUGAGCUGGAUAUUAUCUUCAACUUCGAGAAGGCCUACUUUAUCCUGGAUGAGUUCCUGCUGGGGGGAGAGGCCCAGGAAACGUCCAAGAAGAAUGUGCUGAAGGCCAUCGAGCAGGCUGACCUGCUGCAAGAGGAGGCCGAGGCACCGCGGAGUGUUUUAGAAGAAAUUGGACUGACAUAGAUCAUCAUGCCGCUGCCUCGUUCUUUCUCCCAGAUACAGAUCUGGCGACCCCCCCCCCCAUGUGUCUACCCUGUCUUCUCCUGUUCACUGUGUCAGUGUUGUAUGUAUAUAACACCAUCUAUGUACUGUUUUAUCGUGUAAUGUGCUCUCCCGUUUUGUCUGUUCAGUGUGGUGCCAACUGUGGUUUUAACGUGUCUCCUGUGUACAAGCUCCCCUCGCUGUAUUCUGCAGUUCUUCAAUCCCCCCGACUUCUUAAAACGCCACAGGAAAACAAUGUAGCACCGACAUGGAAACUCCAGCAUCUUCUUAACAUCAUCACAUUUUGAUCGAUCGCAGAGUCGUACGUGCCGUCUGGCUUGAAGUAUUUUUAAAGGUGCUGCUGCAGCCGCAGUCGUUGCAUCUCCUGUGUUACCGUCACAUCUAGUAGCCAAGAAGACGUGAAAUACUUCACAAUCCAAGAAAAGCUCAGAGUCGUCAGACACGACGUGCGGCUGAUCUGAAUAUAUUUCCAGAUUCCUCAGACGCUCCCGUCGUCUGGUUGAAAAGAAGAGGGUCUAGUACUGCACAAAGACUCCCAGCUUCUUGCAAAAUAUGAAUGCAUGAACGAGUUUGUAAAUAUUGAAAUCUAGGAACAGUGUUACAAAUAAGCUUUUUGUUUGGCUAGAACAAAGACAUAUCUUUUUUUCUUUUGACUGAGGAUAUCGCAAAGAUCUGAGGAAAUGCCCACCGAGCAGUGUUACAUAAUCUUUUUUUUUUUUAUGGUUGAUCCCAGUGUAAUGGUAAUACAUGAGAAACACUGACAAUGUUACAAUCACUUUCACACCUAUUCAGUAUCGACCCAUUAUCAGUGUAUACAAUGUGUUAUGUAAUUGCUGUCAUUCUGUUGUCUUUUUUCUUUUCUAUUGACACAUUUUUUCCCUCAUAAAAACAUAAAAUAGAGAAGUUUGUCAUGAAAUAUUAGGUCAGUUCCCCCACCCUCCCCACCUAGUCUCUAGUCAAGAUAAAAUUGUGACUCCAAAUAAAAAAAAAAACUUUUAUGUAUUAUAAAACUAACAUACGACCAAAGAACACUGUGUUUUACCCUCUCAGUGGUGUCUAUAGUAGUCUUACGAGGCAGAAAAGGGAUAAGUAGUUUGACCAAAAUGUAUGUAGAAGUUAUCUGGUCAGAAUAUAUCAGUAUUAUGUAAUGACUCCAGUCCACUCAAAGGCAGAUCUAUCACCAGUUUGUUUGCGGAGCAGGAACAAAAGAGGAUGGACGUCACAUAUCAGGGUGCAUCAUUAACACGCGACACUGUUGGUUUGUUCACUUGCCUGUGAGACACGGGGAAAUGAGCCACAUCUCAAACUGUAUGGCAGUCACUUUUUUUAACUUCAUUCUCAAGACCACAACUGUUUUUGUUGAACAUUCAUAAGUUAAUUAUGGAUCUGUUUGAUUUGUGCAAAAAAAAAAAAAGCCCUUUUUGUAUCAAACACUGCCAACACUUUGUUUUCUUAUAUUUGAAAGUUAUUAACAAUAAAUGUGUUAAAAAAAAAAAGAA